AUGUCUUCCGACUCUCAACCUCCCUCAGAAUGCUUGGGACCUGAAUAUCGUCCCGCGGCCCUGAAGCCAACAGCUACCGUCUCAACUCCUCUCAAACAGAAGAAUGUCCAUAUUCUACCCCAGUCCCCUCAGUUGAUAGCAUUGCUCACCAUGAUACGAGAUCGCAACACUGGCCGCGCAGACUUUAUCUUCUACAGCAACCGCAUUAUCCGUCUGCUUGUGGAGGAAGGCCUCAACCACCUGCCAACAGAGUCGCAGGAGAUCACUACCCCUGUAGGCCGCACCUACUCUGGUGUCAAGUUCGAAGGCAAGAUCUGUGGUGUCUCGAUCAUGCGUGCGGGAGAGUCCAUGGAGCAAGGAUUGAGGGACUGCUGUAGAAGUGUACGCAUUGGAAAGAUCUUGAUCCAGAGGGAUGAGGAGACCAGCAAGCCGAAACUGUACUACGACAAGCUACCCGAAGACAUCAGCGAUAGGUGGGUCUUGUUGCUGGAUCCCAUGCUGGCCACUGGUGGUUCAGCACUUAUGGCUAUUGAUGUGCUCAAGUCGCGGGGCGUACCAGAGGAGCACAUCCUAUUCCUCAACCUCAUUGCCAGUCCAGAAGGCGCGCAGAACCUUGCGGAUAAGUUUCCCAAGGUGAGGGUAGUUACCGCAUUUGUUGAUGCGGGUUUGGACGAGAAGAACUAUAUCGUCCCUGGGCUGGGCGACUUUGGCGACCGAUUCUACACAAUGUAA